CACGGUUGCACACAGUUCUAUGCAAUCCGGAAGAAGACAUCCCUGUCUAUCUCUCUCUCUCUCUCUCUUUCUCUCUCUCUUCCUUCCUCCCUCCCUCCCUUCCUCACUCCGUCUCGCUUUUCCCCUCGGGAUAACGAUUAGGCGCAUACCGAAUAACAUCGAUCCCGAUUUCUAGAACGGGGUCACUACGCAAGGGGGCAACGAUCCAGCGCAGCGCGUCCGCGAAAACGGAUUCGCGCGCGAAGCGAGCGAACGGGCGGGUUGUUCGAUCGUUCGUUCGUUGACGAUCGUGUGGUGCGAGACCCUGCGCCGCGCGCCCCGUCGUGCGUCGUGUUGUGUUUACGGAAAACGUCGCGGGAAGCGCGAGAACGAGAGAUUCACCCUCGCGCGUAGGUAAAGUCUACUCUCUCGCGACAACGAGCGCCCGCGUCGUGGACGCGUCCACACAUCGUCGCUGUCAUCCCGUCGCGUUUUCCUUCGUCUCUCUUUCUCGUUCCCUUCUGUAUAUCCUCCCGUGCGUGUCUCUUUCUCUCUCGCUCUCCAUCGUCCUCCCGUCUCCCGCGCGGUUGAGAAUGACGGACCGCACCGCUCGGCCCCGCUGGCGACGGCACGUCGUUUCCGCCAACGUACGUCGCGUCGACGACGACGCGGAGUGAACUCGUCGCGCGAGUGCGUCCUUUCUCCCUCGUUGGAGGCAUUCACGAAGCCAGCUCCGGAAAGCGAAGAAGAUGGAUGCGACGAUAGAGCGAGAGUGUAGCGCGCUGGGCGGUUUGUUUCAGCAGAUCAUCACUGACAUGAAGAAUGGAGCACCACUUUGGGAAGAUCUAAUUUCAAAAGCUACAAAGUUACACGCGAGUUUGAGAGCUGCCAUUUUGGCUAUUUCUGCAUAUCUCGAGACUUUUCAGAAAAUAGCGGAUGCUGCAACUAAUGCCAGAGGUGCAACUAAGGAAAUUGGAACAGCUUUGACACGAAUAUGUUUGAGACAUAAAGCAGUAGAAACUCGUAUGAAGUCAUUUACUAGCGCUAUUAUGGACUGUUUGGUGCUGCCUUUACAAGAGAAAUUGGAAGAUUGGAAGAAGUCUUUGAUCAAUUUAGACAAAGAACAUGCCAAAGAAUUCAAAAAGGCAAGGGCGGAAUUAAAGAAACGCUCUACCGACACUCUGCGUCUGCAGAAGAAGAAAGCACGAAAGGUACAAGUUCACUUACACGUUCAAGGACAGUCUCAAGGCCAUGGGACGUAUUCCGAUGUGGAGCUCAAUAAGAUGCUGGAGUCGUCAGCGGCAGUCGUUCAGGAGAAAAGACUGAGUUUGGAAGAAACGGAACGAAAAGCUGUCCGUGCAGCCCUUCUCGAGGAGAGGGGCAGAUUUUGUCUCCUCGCCCGAUUCUUGAAACCCGUGCUCGACGAGGAGGUAGCGAUGUUAAUGGAAUUGACGCAUCUGCAAGAGGUCUCCGAUCAAUUGCAAAGACACGCUGCGUCGCCGCAUCACUUACCGCCUGCAUCCGAGCAGGUAAUAACGGACAUAAAAGGUUGCGACGUUACUCAGUGGUCUUUGGCUACACCGCCGUCGAGUCCGUCGUUGUCUCUUGGAUCGAGGAAGAGUUCUAUGUGUUCGAUCAGUUCUCUAACUAGUAGCAGUAGUGGAUCUUGUAAAAGCCAUCCGAGCCCAUCUGGACAUCCGUGGCACAGAUCGCUUUCUCAGCCAGUUGGUGUCAGACCCGCCAGCAUCAGCGGCAUCGCCACGCUGCGCCACUUGACCAGUGGCAGUUCCCGCGAUUCUGGUUUUACGUCACAGGACACCUUGUACAAUCAACCGAUUUCCGAACAUCAGGUAUCGAAUGUGUCUUCUCUAAGUAAUCAAAGUACCGGUUGCACUGUAACGCGACCAACUUCUACUUGGCCUGAUUUGCAGGAAACGUCCGUUCAGUACGACCGGCAAAAUCCGGGCGCGGUAAACGAAAGGCCGCAUACCAUUUCCUCUGCGUACGAAAAAGGGCAUCAGAGACCGGCGCUGAGCGUUUACACAUUCCAAGCUCCGGAUCGUACCGACAGUAGCAGCUGCUGUCACAGCCAGCCUGCCUCUCCGGUUUCCUCUUCUUCCUCAUGUUCUUCCUCGAAUCAGCUGUCUAGGGUGCAGCUCCGUAGAAAUAAUGGCGGCAAUCGUCCACCUAUACCGAAUAGGUGUUCUAGUUUGGAACGACCGACGAUUCCAAUGAAGAACGAGCCGCCUGGGAGUCCUCGAGGAAAACCGAAGUUACCUCUUCCAGCUCAUUUGGCGAAAGAAUUGGCGACCCAUCAGCUUCAACAACCGAUGUACGUAAACAUGCACGAGUUGGCGAAUCUAGCUGCCAGUCGUGCUCAGGAAAUGCAAUUUCCAUUGCCUCCUCCUCCUCCUCCUCCUUCGACAUUAACGGCACCAGGAACCGACAAGACCGAAGUCUUGGAGAAAGAUGCCGGCAGUCACACGUCCGAGUCUAGUUUGGAGUCUAGCAGUGGAUACGGAAGCCAAAACACUUUGCCGCACUCUCAUUCGCUUCACAAUCAAAACGAGAACACGUGGAACGUACCUGGGGCCGCGGCCACAUUAUCACGCAGAGGUUCGGCACAACAAACGAAUAGACCGCCGCCGCCAACGAGACGCACGUCCACCGUCAUCACCGCGCCUCCCACCUCGUCCGUCAAUGAAGAACGGGGCGAGAAUGUUUGUGAAGAGACAGAGAAUCUUCCACCACCACCUGCGUUUCUUCUCGAAAGCUCUUCGCCCACAGUUAGCCCUACGCCUCGGAGAUCUAUCUCCGUUUCCGAGACUGUGAGGACUCUAACUGAGCUUCGUCAUACGCCAGCUAGUCCAUCGCUUUUACGGAAGGUUACCGGCCAGCAGCAGGCGCACAAUCCUACGGGCGUCCAGCAUAAUACCGUUCUACAGAUUACUCGUUCGUCGGUGGAACGUUCUUGUUCGGCUGCCCGAUCAGCGUCCCAAGAACGCGGAUCCGUCGGCGCUCAAACGACUAACGUAACCGGUGGUGCUACCAGUGGUGCCGUCAGUCAAGCUGAUCAAUCUGCGGGUCAAGGACAGGGACCGGGCGGCGUGGGCCAGGGUUUCAUGGCAGUGCUCAACGCUAAACUCAUCGGUACCAUGAGCGGCAAUGCCGCGACGGGCAUAAACGCGAUUGGCAGUCCAAAGUCUCUCAGGAAGCAGUUGCUCUCAGAACAACAACAGCAGCAACAACAGUCCAACAAGAACGUCAAAGCAGCAGCUCCCGGCUUCCUCGAGACAUUAAACGCUAAACUGGCGCAGCAACAGCAGGCCCUACAGCAGACGGGAAACAGUACGAGCAGAUCUGCGAGUAUCAGGCGCAUCAUGGGUAAUCGCGUGCCCAUCGUGGACCCUAUUCAAGUAAGAGACUCCCUCAUGGAUCAAAUUAGACGAGGUACCUCGCUGAGGAAGACCAGCGGCCCGAUUAACGAUCGUUCGGCGCCCAAAAUCUACUGAGUAGUCCAGCAGCAACCUUUGCGUAAGUCUAUAAUAAAAAAUGUUGCGUUGUUUCACGAGCAACGUGCUGUUCUCAUUCUAACAUGAUUAAUGUGCGAGAUAACGAUAAAAACCAGUCGGAUAGAAGUCAAGUAUCUUCCGAUUCUUUAUCUAUAUUUUCGUACAUCAGUUUCAAAUUUACGUGCAUAAAUGUAAACCAAGGCCGCCGUUACGUUUAUUACGUCACUGUAAUUUGCUCCGCUCGCUGAAAUUCCCCUGAUAUAACACGCAGGCUCCAUAUUAAAUCGAUAUAUAAUUUAUUGUAUAAUAAAGAGGCGUGUAUUGAAACGCAAUCAAGUGGGAAUUGAUCGGGAGUAACUUUGCGUAGGUUUAAAAUGACGUUAUAUAUAGCAAUUAUAUUGUAGAGCGUAAUAUCCGAAAAGAAAAUGCAGCAUGUAGGGAGAUUUUUAUAAUGCGUAUUAAUAUUUAUAAAGGAAACUGAUUUGAUUAGGGAAUUGUCUCGUAAGAUCCGUACCGAUACAACGACAAUACUCCAGUACAACUUGUGUCUUAUAGUUCUAUAUUUUUUCUGCUUAACACAGCUUGGACACAAACGAUUUUCUUAUUGAUCUAUUGUCGCUACCGCUUAGUAUGUAAACACAAAUAUACGACGAAUCGUUCGCGAUUUCGCGCGCGAGAAAGUCAUGCAUAAUUUAAUAUCGAGCUUGUGUAUUCGAGUCAUGAAACUUGUAAAUGCAUAUCCGCGUAAGAUGUUAAACAUCUUACACACACGUGUAAAAUGUUUUUUACGAGUUUUUUUUCUUAUUUUUAUAUGAGAGAAGCGCGAGUCUGUUUUGCUAGUUUUCCUGCUUUUUUGUAUUCUUGUUUAGUAUUCCAUGUUUAACUUUUUGUCGGGAUGGCCGAUUUAUUUUUUAGUAGUGUAUUCUCUGCGAGGUGUAUCUCUCGGUUACGAAUCGGUGGUACAUAUAAUAAUCUAUACUAUACGACAUCUCUGUCAAUGUCGAUAAAUGUUAAUAAGCGUAUGUGUCGCGCCUUCGCGAAGGUGAUGUAUUUUACGGUCGUCAUCGCUUGCAAGCUACAUUCACUGCGUCUCUUCGCGAAUUAAAAAAAAAACGUUCCCUCGAUCGCGGGCGAAUAUCCCGAAAUCGAGUAUUGCUCCGUCAUCGAAUGUUAGAAUCUCGUCACAUUCUUAGAAUCUCUUUUUUUUACACAUUGCGCAUCGUUUUGUGUUACUCGUCGUUCUUGCCAAUGCAUGGCUCGCUGCAAACGCACACUGCCUACUUCUUGUCUUGGACAUUCGCAGUUAAAAACAUGUGUUUCUGUCAUCUAGAGCGAGAUAUAGGUAUAGACGGCGAAUAUACCGAUUACUGCCAAUUACAUUCAUCCGUUCAUUCCUUACGUGGUUAAGUUCUCAAUAGUAUUGUAGCGAACCAGCGCGAUGAAUAGUGUAUAGUAAGCAAUAGUAUAUGUUUAUUUAUUUCAAGCAUUUAACUGUAUACAGCGUAAAUAAAUAAUACUUCCAGAGAAUCUCUCUAUCCAUUUGAUAUUUAAUAAUGUUCGUCCUUUGGAAAGUGCGCGAAAUCUAACAUAAUAAAGAACGGAGGGUAUAUUCGAUAAAGAUAAAUUAUUUCGCUCAUCAGUGGUGCAAAUUCGAUCUUAUCGAUGUUAAAUGUCAAAUGGACAAUAUAAUCACGGAUUAAAGUUGUACUAAAUAAAUAAUCGUACAUUAUAACGAAACACUAUUUAAUGUAGCGAGAAUUUGAUUCGGAUAAUUAUUAAUUUGUAAUAACUAUUACAGUGCGAUCAAACAUGAGCAACAAAUAAAGAUACAACACAUUCGUUUGGAACUCAAAA